ACAUACUAUGUAUAUAGUAGGUGUAUAGUAGGUGUAUAUAGUCUAUUCACUACCUUGACUUUACAAUAAAUCAUCUCCUCACUAAGAGCUGAGCUUCAAACUUGAACAAUAUUCAAGUCAACACCAAAGGGGAAUCAAGAAAGAAAAAAAAGAAGAGAAGAGAAACAAGAUGGCGGAAAUUGUAGCAGGGCUAUGGGCAGCUGAAGAGGUUGUUUCAACCGGCAUCUAUGCUGGAGUAGCUGGCCAUGUCGUUACGAAGCCUACCAUGCCACUCAAGGCCACAUUCACACAAAUUGGCGCCACAUCAGACGAUGCUUCCAAAUCCUCCCUUAUUAGGUCCCACCACACCCUUACCAUCCUGGCCCACAGGGCGUACAUCUUCGGGGGUCAAACAAGCCAGGGCAAGCUCGCCACUUCCAACAUGCAUUCCAUAGCCCUGCCAUCGUCGAGCACGGACACGCCUGAGUACCGAGUGCUGCCGCCCAUCGCUGCCGAGGCAGACGGCCCGAUACCCGCACCCCGGACGAUGCACGCCGCCUGCGCAUUAAACAACCAUGUCGUCAUCUACGGGGGUGUCGAUGAAACGGGAAACCCACUCGACGAGGGUGCCACGGUACUGUGGCUAUAUGACACGGAGAAGCUUUCGUGGGGAACCCUAGAGCCUGCCAGCCACCUAGAGCGGGCGCCGCCCCCGCGGAGCCAGGCCAGGUUGCUGGCGCAUAAAGACGGCAAUCUUAUUCUCCUUGGCGGCAGAGACGCGAAGGCCAAGGGCGGCGCCGAUCGAACCGAUGCUUGGCACUUCGACUUCUUCACCAAGACGUGGAACCAGCUGCCGCACGUGCCGGGUACCAGUAUCACGAGCGCCGCCGUCGCGGGAGACACAUUGUAUGUUAUUUCUGGCUCCGACACCCUCAGCAGCGAGAUACAUCGUCUGGAGAUCAAGCUGUACGCCGAGGAACCUCCCACCUGGGAGACCAUCUCCUUCCCGACGAACCCUCUAGCACCCGGCCCUAGACCGCGGUCUAAUGGUGGAUUAAUACCCGUCACCACCGGCUACGGCCGGAACUACCUCCUCUACUUCUUCGGCGACCGCCAAGACGCAACCGAUAAAGAAGGCGGGCUCCUCCAAUGGAGCGACCUGUGGACCUUCCAGCUCCCGUCCAGCGACGUAGAAGUCAAGGCGACGACGACCAAGGUUGCGGAAGCGAUCAAGCCGGCCAAGAUCAAGGACGCGAUACGGUCGAAGUUUGGGGCCGAGACGGGAAACCUGACCUGGGCGGAGGUCGAGGUGCAGCCGCCUGGGGAUUUGCAGGAGCAUGAGGGGAAGGUUCAUCCCGGACCGCGGAGCUCGUUUGGGUAUGAUGUGACGAGUGAUGGACAGAGUGUUGUGAUGUGGGGAGGUAGUGAUGCGAAGGGGGAGCCCGAGGGCGAUGGAUGGAUUAUCAGGUUGUCGUGAGAAGAUGCCAAAAUGUAAUUUUUUUAUAUAAAAAAAAAGGAAGG